AUGUUCAUAGGGGGACUUAAUUGGGAAACAACGGAUCAAUCGCUUCAUGAUUACUUCUCCCAAUUUGGCGAAGUUCAAGAAUGCACUGUCAUGCGAGACAGCGCCACGGGCCGUUCACGAGGCUUUGGUUUUUUGACGUUCAAGGACCCCAAGACAGUCAAUACCGUGAUGGUCAAAGAGCAUUUCUUGGAUGGCAAAAUUAUCGACCCCAAGCGAGCCAUCCCCCGAGACGAACAGGAAAAGACGGCCAAAAUCUUCGUGGGUGGAGUCAGUCAAGAUGCAACUGAAGAAGAUUUUGAAAGCUUUUUUGCCCAAUUUGGGCGGGUCAUCGAUGCCACCCUUAUGAUGGACAAGGACACCGGCCGACCGCGAGGCUUCGGUUUCGUGACCUUUGACAGUGAUGCCGCCGUAGAGAAAUGCCUUCAAUACCAUCCCCUCGAGAUCCUAGGAAAGCCGAUCGAAGUCAAGCGCGCCCAACCCAGAGGCAAAAUGGGCGAAGACGACGAUUACGGUCGUGGGCGAGGCAGAGGCAAGUUCGCACGCGACGACCGCUACAACAAUGACAAUACCCCAGCUCCCCAAAACCCGCAAGCUCAAACUCCCAACAUGAUGGGCGGCACCGCUGGGAUGACGCCACAAAUGAUGGCACAGUACUGGCAAAGAAUGCAGCAAUACUUCGCAAUGAUGCAGCAGCAGAUGGCCGCCAACAUGAUGGGCAAUAUGGGAGGGAUGGGCAGUAUGGGCAUGAAUCCGCAGAUGAUGGCGCAAAUGCAAAUGCAGCAACAAAUGCAGAAGAUGCAAGGAGCAAACAGCCCCAAUGCGCAAAACGCUGGCGGCAUGGGUAACAUGCAAGGCAUGACGCCCCAAAUGAUGCAGCAAAUGAUGCAGAUGCAACAGGGAGGGAUGAACAUGGGGUCCAAUCGAUCGCCCAUCGGCCCCGGCAAUAUGGGCGGCCAGCGUGGUGGCUUCUCGGCUCAAGAGCAGUUGGCAUUUGAACAGCAGAAGUAUGAACAACAGCAACAGGUCCGUCGUCAGGGAGGGUUUCCGCAGGGUCCCCGAGGCGGCGGCUUUCAGAACCAAGGCCACAGCCACGGAGGCGGACCACAGUCGUGGGAAGGCAUGUACGACGACGUUCCCCAGCCAGAAGGCAAUGUCGGUGGUAGAGGUUCGGCAGGGCCAGUCCGCCAACAUACACCGAAACCACCCAAAGGUCCCGGCGGCCCAUCUCAGCCGAGCGCAGCUCCGGCCAAUGCACCCACUGGUCCCAAGAAUGCGGGCAAGCCAGGAGCAAAUUUUCGGGGAGGCAGGGGUCGAUAUCAUCCUUAUGGGAGGUGA